AGCAGUGACCGCUGUUUCUGACUCUCUUUCAGAUGCAAGUAUGGACAUAAUAGCCUAUGAUGCUUACUCCAGUCCACCGCUCCCGAGAUAUUGAAAGGAAACCUGAAUACCUCCAGCCAGAAAAGUGUGUCCCACCUCCUAGCCACGCUUCCCUGGGAACAAUGUGGUUUAUUCGAGAUGGCUGUGGUAUUGCAUGUGCUGUCGUUACCUGGAUGCUGGUGUUCUAUGCCGACUUUGUAGUCCUCCUUGUCAUGCUAGUUCCAUCGAGAGAUUAUGUUUAUAGUGUCAUCAAUGGCACACUGUUCAACACCUUGGCUUUCCUCGCUUUGGCUUCACAUUUUCGUGCUAUGCUGACAGAUCCAGGUGCUGUACCCAAAGGUAAUGCCACAAAGGAGUUCAUCGAGAGUUUACAGCUAAAGCCAGGACAGGUGGUUUACAAGUGCCCAAAGUGUUGUAGCAUCAAACCUGACAGAGCACAUCACUGCAGUGUUUGCAAGAGGUGUAUUCGGAAAAUGGACCAUCACUGCCCGUGGGUCAAUAACUGUGUAGGAGAGAAUAACCAGAAGUACUUUGUACUGUUUACAAUGUAUAUAGCACUGAUUUCCCUGCAUGCUCUAAUCAUGGUGGGAUUUCACUUCUUGUAUUGCUUUGAAGAAGACUGGACAAAAUGCAGUUCCUUCUCUCCGCCAACUACAGUGAUUCUUCUCAUCCUCUUGUGUUUUGAGGCUCUCCUAUUCCUCAUCUUCACCUCGGUUAUGUUUGGGACCCAAGUACACUCCAUCUGCACUGAUGAAACGGGAAUAGAACAGUUGAAAAAGGAAGAGAGAAGAUGGGCUAAAAAAACAAAAUGGAUGAACAUGAAAGCAGUAUUUGGCCAUCCGUUCUCUAUAGCAUGGCUUAGCCCAUUCGCAACACCAGACCAAGGAAAAGCAGACCCGUACCAGUAUGUGGUCUGAGGAAUUCCUGACCAGCAUUUCCACUAAAAUAGAAACAUAUUACAGCACUACUGUUACAAAUUUUCCAUGAAUGUUUAAAACAAAAAGCAAAACAAACUUUUUUUAUGUCUAUUCAAUGGCUGAUAAUUGCAGAGUCAAAAAAAAAAGGCCCUGUAUUUCACAAUAUCAGAUAAUUCAAGAUCUCUGGCUGAAACUGCUGCU